AUGGUCGGCGGCUUGUGUGCUCGCAGGUUGGCCCGCCGGUCGCGGUCCGCCCUGAUAGCGGCUCUCACGGUGCUGCUGGUGCAGACGCUGAUCGUGUGGAACUUCAGCAGCCUCGACUCCGGCGAAGACAGGCAAAACGGAGGCUCCAACGUGCGGGAGAAGAGGGACCGGGUCGCGGGCAACAGAGCCGCUGGCAGCGACUAUUUCCAGCACGGGGUCCAGCGGCGGCAGCAUCUUCCUCCGCCUGGGAGGGGGACGUCUCGCCACAUACAGCAGCCGGAUGGAUAUUACUCCCACCGGCCAAAGGAGAAAAGUAGAGUCGACAGCAACAACGAGAACUCUGUGCCCAAAGACUUUGAAAACAUAGACAAUAGUAACUUUGGUGCGCGUUCGCAGCCACACCGGCAGUCUGUGGGCCCCACCAGCAGCAAGCAGCAGCGGGAGCAUUUUCAGGAGAAAGCCCACGCCCAGCAGCAGGCCUGGCGGAACAUCUCCCCCAGUCUGGGCCGCAGCUCGAAUGAAGUUCUGCCUGUAGGCCACCAGCCGAUGGCGAUCGGCAACAAUGCCUCGUACCCAGGUGGUCAGGGCAUCGCAGGGGUUUCGCGGCAGCAAUACCAUGCCUCACAGGCCCAGCAAGCCCAGUCACAGCACAGACAUCAGCACACCCACAGGAAGCAGGUGACUGCAGCACCGCUAGAGGUGACCUACGACCAGCCACCCAAGUGCGAGAUCAGUGGGAAGGAAGCCAUUUCGGCUCUCUCCAGAGCCAAGAGCAAGGAGUGCCGGCAACAGAUCGCCGAAGUGUACUGCAGACACAAGGAAGGGCAGUUAAUGCCUGAGAAGGUCACUCGCUACUGCCCCCUUGAGGGUAAAGCCAAUGUGAAUGUCCAGUGGGAUGAGGACUCUGCUGAGAGCUUUUCAUUAAAACCAGUGAGAAUAGCGUUUGUCCUGGUGGUCCAUGGACGAGCCUCUCGCCAGUUUCAACGCCUCUUCAAAGCCAUCUACCACACCUCGCACUACUACUACAUACACGUUGAUCAGCGGUCCAACUACCUGUACAGGCAGGUGCUGGCCUUGGCUGCCCAGUAUCCCAAUGUGAGGGUGACACCGUGGCGUAUGGCCACCAUCUGGGGUGGUGCCAGCCUGCUGACCAUGUAUCUUCGCAGCAUGGCUGACCUGCUGGCCAUGAGGGACUGGAGCUGGGAUUUCUUCAUCAACCUCAGUGCUGCUGACUACCCUAUCAGGACCAAUAACCAGUUGGUGGCCUUCCUGUCCAAAUACAGAGACAUGAACUUCAUCAAGUCCCAUGGCAGGGACAACGCCAGGUUUAUCCGUAAGCAGGGUCUGGAUCGUCUGUUCUACGAGUGCGAUACCCACAUGUGGCGGCUGGGAGAUCGCAAAAUCCCAGAAGGCAUCUCAGUGGACGGGGGGUCCGACUGGUUCCUUCUCAACCGCAUGUUUGUGGAAUAUGUCAUCAACUCCAAGGACGACCUGGUCACCAACAUGAAGCGCUUCUACGCCUACACUCUGCUGCCUGCCGAGUCGUUCUUCCACACAGUGCUGGAGAACAGCGCCCAUUGUGAGAGCAUGGUGGAUAACAACCUGCGCAUCACCAACUGGAAUCGUAAACUGGGCUGUAAGUGCCAGUACAAGCACAUCGUGGACUGGUGUGGAUGUUCCCCUAACGAUUUCAAGCCUGCAGACUUCCACCGCUUCCAGCAAACAGUGCGACCCACCUUCUUUGCCAGGAAGUUUGAAGCCAGCGUGAACCAGGAGAUAGUGAACCAGCUGGACGCCUACCUGUUUGGAUCGUUUCUCCAAGGAACGCCGGCUCUAAACUCGUACUGGGAGAACGUGUACGACGAGCCAGAUGGCGUGGCCAGCCUGUCAGACACACAGCUCACGUACUACCACUCCUUCUCACGGUUGGGCCUGGCCAGGGCCGCCGCCUCACUGCAGGGAAACCCAAAAGAUCACAGCUGCAGGUACUUCCCCAUGGGCCACCCAAUCUCAGUGCAUCUCUACUUCCAGUCAGACCAGUUCCAGGGCUACCUGGUCAAGCACCAUGCCACCAAUCUGGCCACUAGCAAGCUGGAGACCAUGGAGACCUGGGUGGCACCCAAGAAGAACUUUAAGCUAACCACCCCUCCCACCAGCACAUUCAGCAGGUUGCAGUUUGCAGAGAUCGGUACAGAGUGGGACGCCAAAGAACGUAUGUUCAGGAACUUCGGCGGCUUAAUGGGGCCCAUGGACGAGACCGUGGGCAUGCAGAAGUGGACUAAGGGGCCUAACAUCACUGUCACGGUCGUGUGGAUCGACCCCACCAACGUCAUCGCAGCCACCUAUGACAUUCUGAUCGAUGCCAGCGCCGAGUUCACCCACUAUCGCCCGCCGCUGAACCAGCCUCUGCGACCUGGAGUGUGGAGCGUCCGCAUCCUGCACCACUGGAGCCCUGUGGCUGAGAUGAACUUCCUCAUUGCCCCGCUGUCCCAUAACAAACACCAGCCCAUACGACAAGAGGACACUCUGAAGCUCCACAACGGCCCAGUGAAGAACAGCUACAUGGAGCAGAGUUUCCACGGCCUCAACCCGGUGCUCAACAUCCCUGUGAGCCUGGGCUACGUGGAGCAGGCCAAGAGGAAUGCGGCACUGACCGGCCUGGAGCUCGAGCGUUGGAUAGACAGCCUGGUGGGCGAGCUGUGGGAGGCGGCCGACGUCUGCGCCGUGGGCCCUACCGCCUGUCCCGUCAUGCAGGCCUGCUCCAAGAACCCAUGGAGCUCCCUGAGCCCAGACCCAAAAUCCCAGCUGGGUCCACCGCACGCAGAUGGGCGCAUCAGGUAGCAAUGAGGCCUCCAGCUGGAUGGGAGGCCACGGCAAAGGAGAUUCACUGUUGAUUUUUAUUUAUUUAAGGGGUUUGUUGCAGGCGGGGGAGGGAAAAGUGUUCCUCUUCCGUCUCGGGAGGAGAAGCAAACAAAAGAAAAGGUGGAUUUUUUUUGGGGGAGGUUGAUGAGGGUGUCUGGACAGAGAGCAAGGAGAAUGAUUAUCAGACCCUCCCACGGGGCUCCUCCUUUUAGUGGAUUAUGCUGGCUUUGCUAUUUCAGUUUCUCCGUGUAUUUAUUUUUCUUCUCAUGGCUGAGUUUUACUGUGAUCAAACGUUUGCAAUUUUCGAGCAUCUAUUUUGCUGCUGAAUGAAUUAUGAAGUCAGCUUUUAAAGCCCUGCACGGGGCACAGCGGCCAUGUGAGUGUGGGAUGUUGACACUUGGAGCAGACCAAGAUCUGCUGCAAUAAGGCCUUAGCUGCAAGACAUGUUUCAGGAGGUAGCCUGGUAUUGAAUUAAAUGUGCCUCCGUAAGGUUUAUGUCAGCAUAAACAAAAUGAGAUGAUAUCUGAAUGUUCAGAUAAACCCAAACAGUGGAAAAGAUUAUUUUGAUACGACUCAAGUGCAGCACCGUUGAAAGCAAAUUCCCACUUACGAAGAAACUUUGAACAAGAAAUAUUUUAGCAUUAUUAAAGCCAAUUACUUCAAACCUCUGAUUUUCUAAUAGUUCGGUGACUCAGUUAGGAAGUCAGUAGAAUAAAUCAGUAACAGCAGCGAAACUUCCUUCAGCUCAGUGCCUGAUCGGGAUGUGGAACUGUUGUUGCUGGGCGAACCAUCUGCUGCUGUCACAUUUCGUGAAUAUGGAAAAAAGAGAACUGCAAAUACAGAGGCCUUCCCAGCAUAAUUACAACUAUUUGGCUUAUACUAGAUAUUUAAUGUAGACACAGUGGUGUUCUAAAUUCAUAAUUGUUUCAUUUGUGGUUGUUGUAAGAUAGUAUUUUAAGACUUAACAUUGGCAGAGCUUAAUGAAGCCCAGAUGUUGUGACAGGCAGAGGACAAAGAGAGCAUUGUUUUGUCCAUCUUGGUUUUUUUUUUUACCAAACUGCCUCAAACUUGAAACACAUUUAUC